CCAUUUCCCUUGGUUUCCUCUUCACGAUGGUUAGUGAAAAGGGGUGAAUUAACAGCGUACGUAGAAGACACUGGACUGUUUUCUAAAAGGACUUCGAAACAGCAGGUGUACUUCUUCCUCUUCAACGACGUCCUCAUCAUCACCAAGAAGAAGAGUGAAGAGAGUUACAAUGUCACGGAUUACUCUCUAAGGGACCAGCUGGUGGUACAACAGUGUGACAGCGAGGACCUGACCUCAUCCCCUGUGAAGAACGCUGCGACGAUGCUCUCCUCGCGGCAGAGCACUGCAGUUCACCUCUUCAGACUGGCGGUCCUCAGCAACCAUGCGGGGGAGAAGGUGGAGCUGCUCCUGGGAACAGAGACACAGAGUGACCGAGCUCGCUGGAUUGCAGCACUUGGACAGGACAGAGACUGGCAGAAGACAGACAGGACAACUCUGACUCAGGUAGAGAUCAUCAGAACGUACACAGCGAAGCAGGCAGAUGAGCUGUCUCUGCAAGUUGCUGAUGUUGUUUUGGUUUAUCAAAAAGUAAAUGACGGUUGGUAUGAAGGGGAGCGCCUGCGGGAUGGUGAGCGAGGCUGGUUUCCUAUGGAAUGUGCUAAAGAAAUCACAUGUCGUGCCACCAUCGACAAGAACAUGGAACGGAUGGGCCGCUUGCUUGGUCUUGAAACCAACGUGUAA